UCUCUCUCUCUGCUGAUGGGAGGAGCGCAGCGAAACUCCUCUCUGUAUAAGAAGUGUUGAACGUUCAACAAGGGAUUUUACACAGCUACUCAGGAGAAACGAAAUGAUCUGCCCUGGAGCCGCAGCAAAAUGCUGGAUGGACACCUACUCCUGGGAUGGUUAUCGUUCACAGUUAUAGUAUAUCUUCUCAACUUGCCUGGACCAACCGCAGCAUAUUUCGGGUUGACAGGUAAUGAACCGUUGUCUAUCCUGCCACUGAACUCUCUACCAGAGGAGAACGUGGGCAGGGCCCACUACAAGCUGUGCGACCGGCUCAAACUGGAAAAGAAGCAGCGCAGGAUGUGUAGACGAGACCCGGGCGUGGCGGAGACCCUUAGAGAGGCCAUCACCAUGAGCGCCCUAGAAUGCCAGUAUCAAUUCCGCUUUGAGAGGUGGAACUGCACCUUAGAGGGGCGCCACCGAGCCAACAUACUAAAGAGAGGAUUUAAAGAGACAGCCUUCUUGUAUGCCAUCUCCUCGGCGGGCCUGACCCAUGCCAUGGCCAAAGCUUGCAGCGCAGGACGCAUGGAGCGCUGCACGUGUGACGAAGCCCCGGACCUGGAGAACCGCAAGGCGUGGCAGUGGGGAGGUUGCGGUGAUAACCUCAAAUACGCCAACAAGUUUGUCAAGGACUUCCUGGGCAAACGCUCCAACAAAGACCUGCGCGCACGCGUGGACAUGCACAACACAAAUGUGGGCAUGAAGGUAAUCAAGGCCGGAGUGGAGACCACAUGCAAAUGCCAUGGUGUCUCUGGCUCCUGCACCGUCCAGACCUGCUGGAGGCAGCUCCAGCCCUUCCAUGAGAUCGGCAAGCAGCUGAAGCAACGCUACGAGACCUCUAUCAAGGUUGGCAGCUCCACCAAUGAGGCCACGGGGGAGGGAGAGAUCUCCACAGGCCGGAGUCAGCAGCAGCAGCCCCUGCCCGGCCUGAACGAUCAGAUACCUCGCACUAUGGACUUGCUCCACAUCGAGGACUCGCCCAGUUUCUGUAGACCCAGCAAGUACUCGUCAGGCACGGCAGCCCGCAAGUGCUACAAGGACAAGAACUGUGACGCUAUCUGCUGUGGGCGAGGCCAUAACACUCAAAGUAGGGAGGUGACCCGGCCCUGCCAGUGCCAGGUGCGCUGGUGCUGCUACGUCGAAUGCAAGCAGUGCACACAGAGAGAAGAGGUGUAUACCUGCAAAGGGUAAACCAGCCACCUGUAAGCCCCUAUGAUCAGUGGAGCAAGUGAAAGAUGGUUGUGUUGAAGAGGAGUGGUUGUGUUCUCAAACAAGGUUUUGCCUCCACUUUCGGAACAGUGUUCUGCAAACAAAAGAGGAGCAUGCCGAUGGAGAAGCAAUAAGCACUUUGAGGGAUUUCUGUGGUUUGGUUUUCAGAGCUCCUGUGGCCCUCCUGUGUCUGGGGGAUGAAAGAUGAAAAAAAGACCUUCUCAGACAACUGGGUCAACAUCUCAAGCUUUUUUAUCAUGGUUUUGCCUUGAACAGAGAAGCUUUUAUUUUCCUAUAAAAAAAAUCCCAUUGCAUCUUUUCACAAAAAAACAGAGAUUAGCAUCCAGUUAAUGAGGAUCCGACACAAGGACAGUAACAGACUGGUUUCUGGGGCCUUGCCCAAAGAAGAAUGGUGUGUAUGUGUGUGCGUUUGUCAAUCUUUACGUGUGUGUUUAUAUGUGAAAUGUGAUAGAUAGUGAGGGGGCAGGGAGUUCGAAUGACGACUUUUAUGGCAAUGAAAACCAUAUUCAGAGACUGCUAAAAAGAAAAAAAAAAAAAGACAGGGUGUAAGAUUUACUCUACACGCACAUAUUUACACUCACACACAUGUGUGUUUGUAUAUGUAUGUAAAUAAAUUCAGUUAUAUUGUAAUGAUAUUAUACAAGCCACUUAUCUAACUAUGUUAAAACAAACCACUAACCACACAAAUGUUUUGCUGUUUGUGUGCUUUCACUUCUUUUUCUUCUUGAUUCAUGUCGACAAGGCCCUUUGGAAAGCAGCACACUUGUGUCCGUCGUCUUGCUGUGGAUAAUUUAUAGAUCCUUUGGGACUACUCCUUCACAGGGAGGAAAAAAAGAUCUCAUUUUUUCUUUUCUUUUUUAAAUAAUAUAAUAUGAAGCUGUUAGUAAAUGCAUUAACAGAAAAUAACUAAACCAGUCAGUUUAGGCUAUUCUCGGCCUUGAGCGAACCAGUGUUCAGGGAAUAACUUAAACCACUAUAACUAUUUGGAUAAAAUAGGAGUGAAGUUGUCCAAGUUGGAGGUACAGUGAUCUUUUUAUUAUAACCAACAUCAUUGCAACAGGUGAUCACUUGACCAGCAAAUGGUCCACGUGUGACUCAGAUCUGAAAUUGUGGAGCUCUGCAGAGCUCAAAUCUACUUAUUAGAGGGCUUUUUUGUUUUUGUUUAACUUUGAAUACUUUGAAGUUGUAAAGAAAACUGUGGAGAACUGGAGGAAUGUAGCCCCCUGCCAUUUCACAUCCUUCUUUCCUCUUUAGCUGCCACGAUUUGAUUGAGCCAUAUUCAACACAUGUAGACAUGCAGCACAUACAGUGGGCGCUGCGUCAGUCAGUCCAAACGGUAUUGGGCAACUAAGAAGGUAAUCUAACUUGACGUGUCUGCAGAGUUGCUCGAGUGAAGAUGAAUGCGUAAGUCUCGUAGCUAAUAUAAAUAUAUUUUAUAUGAGUAAAAUUUGUGUAAUUCUGUGCAAAUUGACGUCUAAAUGCAAACAUUGGGGUUUUACAUACCUGCUGUCUUCAUUCAGAAGUCAGUGAAGUUGUUAUAAUACACAAGUUAAUUAGCUUUUUCAAAUUGUUGCUUGAGACAAUUAACACAAUGCAACAUACUGAACCCUGCCAUGCAACUACAGUGACAGUUUAAAGGAAUAUACCAUUCUCAUGUCUGUCCAGGAAAUAAAAGGCUACAGCUAGCAGCCAGUUAGCUUAGUUUAGCACAAAGACUGGAAACGGGGAAAACAGCUAGCCUGGCUCUAUCUGAGGGCAGCAAAAUCAGCCGAUCAUCACGUCUAAAGCUCACCAAUUUGCAUAUUAUAUCUCAUGUUGUCUUGCCUUGCUUUACACUUCAGCUUUUGUACGGAUUAAAGAAACAAGAUAUAACAUAUAGAUCAGUGAACUUUGGAGGUGCUGCUAUGUGGAUUCUGUUACCUUUGGAUGGAGGCAGGCUAGCUGUCAAAGUUUAAUAUUAUAAGAAAUCCCUCUUUACAAACAAAUAAUGCAGACAAUAAUAUUUCAUUGUAUUCUCAGCAUUUAGCUUCUGAGAACAUUGCUAUAUACUAUAAGAUAUAUGCCUUGUUUUAGAUGGGUGUGAAUUAACUACUGAGUGAGGGACCCAGCUUUGUAUUAUAGCGCCAUUCACGCACUGAAGCCCAGAAGCCCUUUAAAGUAUUUUAAGAUCUGUAUUUAUGGAUACAGUGCAGUGCCGAAUUAAAAAAAAACUGUAAAUAGCAAAGGUUUCUUCUUCUGUGGUAUAUAGACAAAAGUGAGGCACAUGUUCAACUCUCACAAGCAACUGAAACAGAAAUUGGUCGCAAUAACAAAUGUUAGGAUGAGGGAUCGAUUGUAAUCAGCAAUACAACACCAUGCCAAACAUCCAUUAAAAAUGGCUUUUACAUUUACAGAUAGUUUAGUCUUUAACGAUGAUUACCACAAAAUUCAAAAUUAAACCACGGUUCUCAUUAGCGAUCUCAUGCUUUAGGAAGAGAGCCUUGCAUGGUUUAUUUGUCCUAAGGAGAUGAAUUCCAAGCAUUUUGAUAUGAGAAGGCAUACCAAAUAAAGACUGGUCAAAACAUAUAGAUAGAACUUUGCACGCUACAUGGAAACCAUAAUAGCUAUGCUGAGACUCGAAGCACAACCACAGCUUUCGGUGUGUGCGUUCUCCACACACAAACACACCUCGGCCCAAAUACACUGAGGUUCUCCACUAUUGAAAGGAUACACAACAGGCAUGACAGGAAUACCGAAUGCAUACAGAGUGCAUUUUUGUUUGUUUAUAGAUUGUACAUAGGCCUAAAAUUUUCUCCGGAGGAAGAGGCGCAUGAUGCAGCAGUUGGUCGGUUUUUAGACGUCACAGUCGUCCACAUUCUCAAAUAAAAAGCUCUGCACUGUUUAGUCGUCAGUGGAUCAUGUACAGAAUUCUGUUUUGUAGAAAAAAAUUAAAGAUAAAUUAUUUUUAAAAUAUAUUAAGAGCAUGUGUUUAGUGUAAAUAACGUCAAAGUCUAAAUUGAUUUUAUAUCCUGUAUUUUUUACUCUGUUUUUCUUAUGGGUGUUUGUUCCUUUUUGGGGUGGAGGCUUUGAAAAGCAGUGUAUACUUUAAACAUAUUUCAUUUCAUAUCUCAUCAAUUGCUGUUAUCUAAGCACUAACAAAUCCUAACAAAUUUAGAAUCAACUCACGUUUAGCUGUCUUUUAUUCAUGCACACGAUCAUGACACAUUUUUGAGAGUAUUCAGACAAAAUCACAGUCAUCAACAAUAUUUUUAUAGGAUUUGAUCUGUUUGUAUAAUCGACUUUUUUUGUGAAAAGACUUUGUAAUGUUGGUUAUAUGAUGCAGUAUAAACUCAUGAAUGCAUCAGUGUGGACUUGUUUGUACGCACCUUUGGAUCACUUUACAUGUACAUGUACUUUUUGUUAGGAUUUGUGCUGUGCUUGUAAAAGAAAGAUAAAACACAACAACCAUGUAUUGCCCUUUGUGAUGAUACUACACCAACAAAGCUUUGUCCAUGUUCACUUAUUCAUGUCUUAUGGGAACUCUAAAUUAUUUUCCUCUACCUCAUGUGUAUAGCUUGUAGGUAUAAACAGAUCACAAAUGACUGGUAAGAAUGUAUUUAAGUUAUUUAACAUCUUUGUAUAACAAAGGCGAAAAAAUCUGAAACAAUAAAUGAAUUUUUAAAUUA